UUAUUUUUGCAGCACUAUCAAAAUACUAAAUAUAUCUUUAAAUAAUUAACAUAAAAAACAUUAUUAAUAAGUUAUACAAUUAUUACUCAAUCCGUAAUGGCAUUGUAAAUAAACCGAUAUUCAAAUAUAACAAUUUUGAAUGUGAAGAACAAUGAUAUUAAGAUGUUUGGUGUUAUUAUUCGUAUCAAUAUCUAAGGAAGAGAUGCUCAGACCGUGUGAAAAACUAGACUACACACACUUAGCCACCGAAGCAGAAAUGUAUAAAAAUAAUAUUCUAGAUUUUCUAAAACAACCUCAUGUCAGAGGAGAGUAUGAAGCCAUGUACGAUUGUUUGUUGUCCAAACUGUUGGGCAAAGCUUCGUCGAAUCGCAGAGGGUCGACCAGGCGUAUAGUAUCAGGUCGGAACACCUCCAUAACAGCCGUGCCGUGGCAAGUUUCGCUGCGAGAGAAGACCUACCCCAUUUGCGGAGGUUCCGUCAUCACCGAUAUUUGGCUCCUGACUGCGGCACAUUGCUUAUUGAGAGCAAAGGCAUCUGAACUAAGUGUGCGUCUCGGCUCCUCGUGGAAGACACACGGCGGCGAGAUGUACGACGUGAAGGAGUGCUCCGUGCACCCGCGGUACGUCAGCAAGACGAAGACCAACGACGUGGGCCUCAUCAGGCUGUACUCGCCGCUUCGGUUCUCAGCGAGGGUGCUGCCAAUACGGCUGGUGGCGAGGGGAGAGCGCCUCCCAGCAAAUGAGCCAGCUAUUGUUUCGGGAUGGGGGAAGUUGAAGGAAGGUGGUCCCAGCGCGACGUAUCUCCAGUCCUCCACAAUAAAGACGAUCGCGAUGAAGCUGUGUCGCCGCUCGGGACUGGAUCGGAAGGCCAUCGACCCUACCUCCAUGUUCUGCGCCGGCUCCUUCAGCCAGUCCACGCCUGAUGCUUGUCAGGGUGACAGCGGAGGUCCCAUAACAGACAAAGGAGUCCUAAUAGGAGUAGUCUCAUGGGGUUUGGGCUGUGCUCGCGGGAACUUCCCCGGAGUGUACACGAGGCUGGCGAACCCCGUGAUUUGGGACUGGGUUCAUUCAAAAAUCUCUAAUAAAAGUGAUAUAUACUCUUGAGAUCAGGAUGGCGUACUGAUCAGUUGGAAUAUAAAACUGUGGAUUAUU